ACCCAUCCCACCCCAUCCCACCCCCUCAAGAUUUAUAUACACAUCUCUCAUUCCACCAAAUACCAAUCAACAAACUCAUAUAGUGUGCUUCAAAAAUGACAACAAGAACAGGAGGAGAAAAGCAAAAGAAAGGAGCCAUGUAUGUAUAUAACAUAGAAACUGGAAAUCCGAAACCAAAACCCGAACCCGAUUUAUCAUCCAUGUUAAAGAAAGGUAUUUCAAAAGGAUGGGGGCUCAGAAGAUCGAAAACUUAUCGCGAAAAUCAUCAAGGUGAGUUGAUUAAUACUAUGAAUGUUACAACAAAAGGAGAAACAAGAAAAUCAGUUUCAUCCAUUGAAUCAAGAAAAUCAGUUGAAGAUCAAGUGAAGCAAGUUGAAUCAAGAAAAUCAGUUUCUUACAUUGAAACAAAUAGGAAAUCAGUGACACAUGUUGAAUUGAAUGUAGCUUCAAUGGCUGCAAUUCUUCAAGUUAAAGUUUUGGUUACAGAUAUGCCAGGAUUUAUGCAAGUGCAUGCUUUUAAAUGUGCAAGAACUACUUAUGAUAGCUUGGAAAAAUUCAGCUCUAAACAUAUGGCAUGUAACAUGAAAAAGGAAUUUGACAAAAUAUAUGGGCCGGCCUGGCAUUGCAUAGUGGGCUCAAGUUUUGGGUCAUAUGUUACUCACGCCACAGGUGGCUUCCUCUAUUUCUCAAUGGAAAAGCUUUAUAUUUUAGUCUUCAAGACAAAAGUGCAAAAGACCAUUGAAUCAUAAUUUAUUUAAUUUUUGGUAGUAAUAUUUUUAGUCUUGUGAUUUAUAUCACGUUUGUAGAAAGUUCUUUAUUUUUUAUUUAGGGUUUGUAAAUGGAAAUUCAUUGAGAUGAAGUGUGUAUAUGUCUUAAAUUCAUAUGAGAAUGUGCAAUUGUCUA